CAAAAAACGGCCAAAACGAACGAAUACAGGGUCAGUUCUUUGCACUGGUGAAUGCGAUUGACGCCGACUGUCAGAGGGUCCGUUGCUUCCACUUGUUGUUGCAGCAACCAGCGUGAAUGGGGUCGCGCGCCCCAUUCCCACCACCGGGCUUCCAAGGCCUCGCCGGUGACCAAGCAGCACCAACACAGAGCAGUCAGUCUCGCCCACACUACUACUUCCAACACGACUACAAUAAUGGUCGCAAUCCAGCCACCACUGCUCAGCAGCAGCAGCAGCACCGCCACCACCACCACCAGCAACACCUGCGUGCGAAUGGUGGAGGUUUGGCGUCCGACCAGCACUCCAACCCUUCCGCGUCGUCCACCUCCAUCCCUUCCUACUCCGGCCUGCUGCAGCCCAAGACCCCAACAGCAGAUUCAGCUGCAGCACCAUCCACAGACCCCAGACUUAGCGAUAUCAAAGCUCGCCUCUCCAAAGUGAAUGUGGACGAAGGGCAGGAACCCGGCAUGUCGCGGUUCGAUGCUUUGUUGCGCAGCUUUUCCGAGCGCCCGCCAAACCUGUCGUCGUUUGAUGUCCCCAUGUCGCAACUCGGCAGCUUCCUCGACGAUCGGCAGAAGCAAGACGCCGACGCGUUCCUGAGCAACCGCUAUGGCGCAGACACAAGCGGUCGGCGACAUGAAGGCGGUAGCAGUGGCAACCACGCAAGUGAUGAUGACGACGAAGAUGGUGAUGAUCAACGGGAUGGCGAGGACGACGAGCAGCGCAUGUCGUUCAGCGGGCUUCGUGAUUUGCCAGAUCCACACGCUGCUGCACCAGAACCAGAACUCUCUGCGCUUCAAAAACAACAGCAGCAGCAGCAACAGCGACAGCGACAGCAGCCAUCCAGUGACAGCACUCAGCAGCGUCACCACCACUUAUCCACCCUGUUGUCGUCAGAUGUGAGUUGGCAGCAACACGCUGGUGGUGCUGAUGGCCACGCCAACACAUCACGGGACCUUGGUGCAAACCUCGCUCGCUCCAUGCACGCGUUUCUCUCCGGCCAGGACUCCGUGGAUGGGCUGCUGCGUAGCAUGGUGAACAACACCAACGACAACACGGCUGUGAGCGACGCUGUUCACGCAAGUGCUGCCUCUGAUGUCGUGCAUUCAUCGCGCCGGUCACAACAGCACAUGCAGCGCCAGCAGGAACUCGCCGAUGCUUCCAGCAACACGCUUCGCCACAACAACCAAGACAGUGACAUUAAUGGCGGUGGCGAUGAUGGUGACGAUGGUGGUGACGAUGACGAUGACGGAAUGUCGUGGCAGCGCUUGCUGGCUGAUGAGCAGGAGGAGUCAACAACAGCUGGCUCCCGACGGACAGAGGGCGAGUUGACAGCAAGUAUCGCCAGCCUUCACUUUCCACGCUCGCUCGAACAGGAAACGAUGUGGCUUAGCCGACACCUUGGCGAGCUUGGUGAGGGACAGGACAGCCUGACCGCUGCUGCCUCCAUGUUCUCCACGGCACAACGCACACGAACGCAAACACACACCACACGCGCGUUGAUAUCAGCAUCUGCCUCGUCGCAGCACCACCAGCGCGGCGGUGGGUUUGGGCACGAGGUCACCCACGAUGAUGAUGAUGAUGAUGAUGAUGAGGAGGAGGAGGAGAGGGAGAGGGACGAAGAAGAAGGAAGAAAAGGAAAACAACAACAACAACACCAACAACAACAACAACAACAACAACAGCAACCACAGAGACAUCGCCACAAUGAACGGGAACAUGACAGUACUGGUGGUGGUGAUGAUCGCAACAAUGGCCAGGGCUUCUUCUUUGACGCCCCGCUCUCGGUGCUCUCCGAGAAACCACUCUCCUCCGCUCUCUCCACGGCUUCAAGCCACUCUGUAUCCCACCAGGAUGCGAGCGGGUCCCGCAACUACUCUGCACAGGCAAGCACGAUUGUGCGUCGACUGCUGGAUCAGACGGCCCAGCGCGAUGUGCAGCGCCAGCGCAGGUCCUCCCAGCAGCUGCGACACGAUCUCCUUGAGGAGUCCAUUCCCUGGUCUGACACGCACCACGACAGCAACAACAGUAGCACGCACAACAAUGACGACGACGAUGACAGCAACAACACGCCGUCGCCAAGCGCCACAUCGCCACUGCACACGCCUCGUGGUGGGCGCGGGAGUGGCGGUCGUGGCGUUCGCACGCCUGACAGCGCAACGCACGCGCACAUGACACCACAGCAGCACCACUAUGACCAUCAGCAGGACAAGCACUUUGGAUUCAAUGACAGCCAGACAUUCAACGACACGCAAUACGGGUUUCAGUCGUUGCUGGACAUGACAGACCGGUCAGCGGCUUCCUCGCAUCCAACAUCAAUGCUCUCUGCCAUUGCAGAGGGUGUGCCCUCACCAACAAGCGCUGUAUCGCCAUCGUCGCCUGCUAAGGCACGAGCACACCGCGACCACCAAGACGGAGACGAGCAAGCAAGGAGCCGCAGCCGUGGAAAGCGAGAUGCGGACAUGGGUGUGCCAGCACACAGCAGCUCACAGAGCACGCUGCAGCAGCAGGCCCUCUCACCGCCGUACCAGCACGAUCCCAUCUCGGACGCUGACACAUACGCCAGUACGGCGCAGCACUAUGACGGCAGCACCACCGACGACGUCAACAGCGGCAGAGACACGGCAGCUGCAGGCGGCAUGCGCCCCCAUAUGCAACAGUCGCACCAACAACAACAGCAGCAACGGCAACACGAAGCAAGCGCGGAUGGCAACGUGAGCGACCGUCGGUUUGAGUCUGCGCUGAGCUUCCGUGAAAGCAUGCUGCAGUUCCCGAGCAUGUCACUGUCCAGCCUCUCCGAUGACUACCUCAUGCACCUGCCCGCCUCAAAGCACCACCGCUACCAUGCCACUGGGCAGCAGCACCAGCAACACCAGCAACAACAGCGCCACCGCAGCGGUGAGCAGAGCGAGUCACAUAGCGCACGGCGGCGCGAGCAGCGAGAGCAGCGUGGCGGUGGUGAUGGUGAGCGCAGCCGCGUGCAACCGUGGUUGACGGAGGAGGAGCGGGAGCGCUUGCGACAGGAUGAAGAGGUGGAGAGGCUCCUCCGCCAGCUGCAGCAGCGCCAGGGCCUCACACGUGACGAUGACGCUGACGCUGACAGCACCCCACAGCAGCAGCAGCAUCAGCAGCAGCAGCAGCAACAAGAACAACAACAAGGGCAGCUGCAACAUGAUGGCGGCGCUGGUGGUGAGAUGGAUGAGGGCGAUCCCAACGUGACUGCGGCGUCCGGCAUGUUUGGGUUUCUACAUCGCGACGGAGAUGGAGACGGCAGCCGUGUGGCGAGUCAAGUUACAUCGCCGCACAAACAACCGCACGCACGCAGUCCACAGCGCAGCAGCCAGAGCACAGUCGCGGCCACGCCAAGCAACAGCCUCUUCGUGUCCGGCGUGCAUGAUUCUCUGGACGAUGACAGUCAGGUGUCCCCGCUUGGAUAUUUUGCUGGUGUUGCACGCACGCACACCACAAGUGGCUCGCUGUCGACGUUUGCAACCACAACCGAUUCGAUGAACGACACGAGUGUGCGAUCGAGCAGGCUGCGUGUGCACAGCGCUGUGCUCGAUAUGCACCAGCGUGCACGUGGCAGUGCCACCGCCACGACGGAAACGGGCACGGCAACCACCACAACAUCUGUGUCACCGCCGCGCACCACUACAACAACGACCCCUAUGACCACAAUAACAUCAGCGACCACGGGCAUAUCCAAGACGGAGCAGGAGCGCAUGAUCACGUCUGGCCGUGCGGUGGAGGCGAAGACCAACGCGCCCACGCCCUCCCAGCAGCAGCAGCAGCAGCAGCAGCAGCAGCAGCAGCCACAGGGAACGCGCUCGCUGUUGCGCGACCCCGCUGCGCUUCAUGCGUUGCUUGCAAGCACGGACGACGCAGAUCAGCUGCGGCAAGCAUUGAGUGACCUGCUGCAACAGCUCGACAAGGAAAAGCAGCACGCACAAUCAAGUGCUGCGGCUGCACGUGAGCGUGGACAGCAGCUGGAGUACAUGGACACGGCUGUCGCCGGCAGCCGGGGAGGAGCCAUGCUGACGACCCCACGAACAGACGGGAGGUAUAGGGACGGCGUUGGAAGGAACGCAGAAUCAUCGCAGCAGUCCUCAUCCUCAUCCCCCGCACGUCGAGGUGCAGGCGGCGGUGGUGAUCGCGCGACCACAAUGACGACAAUGAUGACAACAGAUACGCUGCACUCCUCUGGUGGUCGGGCGAAUGCAAGCGCACCUGCCCCGGAUUCGCUUCUCGUCUCGUCUUCCGCUUCCCGCCAGCGCUACGCCACGCGGCAGGAGCAACACGAGCAGCAACGGCACGAACAGCAGCGGCGGGGGCACCACGCUGACGUGGGCGGCCCUGUUCCGCUGGAGCUGGGCGGGAUGGAUGCAACCGACAGUCGCCAACUGCAGCCGCUUGCACCAACUGCCCAUGCCGGCGCUGCUGGCAGCAGUGAGCGAAUCACCUCGCAGUGGCACUCGCUCGAGAGCCGGCACACAGGAACAACAACGUCCUCCGUGCUGGGGCCAGCAGGUGCCACUGAUGACAGCCCCCACACACGACGCAGCGACGCAAAGGACACGCUUGCCGGCGUUGAUGCUCCAGACAAACACGCGUCUGAAUCGAUGGACAUGACGGCAUCGCACCGGCGCCCGGUUGACAGCCUCUACGACACGACAAGUGCUCGCCGUGUACAUGAAGAUAUGCCCGCUGCGGGCACUGAGGAAGACAACAAAGCAGCAGCGAACAACACCGACAACAACAACGGCAACGGUGAUGGGCGUGGUCACAGCAUCGCACACGAACAGCAACAACAGCAGCAGCGACAGGAAGAGGCCGGCAUGUUGUUGCUCGUUGGCGCGAAUCGCGAGUACCAAGAGGACGACGAUGGGGAUGACGAUGAUGAUGAUGCUGAUGCUGAUGCUGAAUUGCACGCCAUCCACCACAGCCGCCGCCGUCAUCACGGUGACAGUCAUGCGAGGGCUGACGAUGCUGAGCUCAGUCUCGUGGCUGGUGGCAUCAGUGGGUAUGCACGCCACGGCCGCACUACCGGCGGCCAGCACAUGCGCAGUGGUGGCGGCAGCACAUCCCGUGCAUCCAGCCAGCAGUCGUCGGCCGCUGUGCAGUCCAACGACUCACUCGAGGACGCACAUGUGCGCAGCGCGGCUGCCGCUGCAAAGGACGCGGCUGACCUCGGUGAAGGUCGUGGCGAUGAUGGUGACGGUAGCAGUGAUGCGCGUGCUGCACUCUCGCCGCUCGUCGUUUCCACGUCUGGCGUGUCAGCAUUCCCGCUGCAAGACUCCAUGCGUGCACGCCAGCGCGGGUCUGCGCAAGGGUGGAGCCGGGAGAUUGACUUGGCGGAAGGCGAACGGGCAGACGCGGUGGCGCUGCGCGAGACAGAUGAACUGCGGUACAAUGAACAGCACGAUGACCCUCGUGGUGAUGCUGGCCAUGAUCAUGAUGAUGAUGAGGAUGCCAUGGCUGACAAUGACGAUGACAACAUGCUGCACCGCCGGCACCACCAUGCCAGUGAUCACGAUGCACAGGGCGCACCCUCCAUCGGCGCGGCAUCGCAGCGAAGCCACGCCGCCGACUCCCUGGCAGGCUCCUUGCAGUCGACGGCUGAUGUCGCACACGCAGCGGAAGCGAGAAGAGCUGCUGGCGCACGCCAAUCUGCAACAACAAAGACUGCAAGCCGUGGCACAGUUGUGGACGACAACAACACCAAUAGCGCCAACCCCACCAGCGACACGGCCCGUGUCGAUAUGACGCCUGCACAGCGUGCUGGAGAUGCGGCAGAUGUGCAGCAACAGUCACCACGGCGCACCCCACGCAAGCGGUGGGAUCUGCGCGGAAAGGACCAGAUGCCCACGCCGCGCGCCGGUGUUGCGGGACCAGCCUACGGCUCCAGUGGCGAUGCGAUGGCACAGUCGCCAGCCCCUGUUAGUGGUGCGUCAGGCAGUGGUGGCGGCGGUGGCGGUGAUGGUGCGAUGGCGCUGGUUGCCAUGAGCAGUUUCAUUGACCUGGGCGUGGUGUGUGUGAAGACGACCACAACACACGCGGUGCAUGUGCAGAGCAACAGCGAUGACUGGGUGCAGCUGCGACUGCAGGUGACGUCCACGCCAUGCUUCUUUGUUCCGAGUGAGGAGACGGUGCUGCUGCCGCCCCACCGCGAGUCCAGCAUCACUCUCCACGUCACGUGUGCAGAGGCAAAGGUGCAUCGCAGCUUCCUGUUUGUGUACUGCACGCGCGUGGAUGAGCGUGGGCGUGAGGUUGCCGACAGCAGGCCAGAACGCAUCAUCUGCUCUGUGCGUGCUGUGGGCGAGGACGCUAACAUUGUCGUCACAGGCGACCUGGCUGGCUCGCUGCUUGAUGUUGGCGCUGCGUGCUUUGACGGCAGCACGUCAGCGCUCGUACAGCUGGAGAAUCGUGGGCGCUGCGAAGUCCCGCUGCUGCUGCGCAUUGGCGCUCCACUUGACGCCAGCAAGCACGCAGCCGACCAGCCAGGACAGGCGCGUGCACACGCGCGCGAUGGCCGCAGCCCUGCUCACCAACAGCAGCAGCAGCAGCAAGACGAGGAAGAGGAAGCGGCGUUUCCGUUCACCAUCUGCCAGCACCAGCCAAGGGAGGGUGAUGUUGGCACAGCGCAACUUCGCUUGACGUUGCACCCCUCGCAGGCGCCCAUCAGCCUCUGGGUGGCCUUCAAGCCUGUUCCGGGCGUGCACGUUCCGGAGGAUAUGCUGCAGUGCCGCGAUACGAGGUUUGCUGCCUCGCUGGUGGUGGCUGUUGCGUCGCAGCACGACCCCACAGGCAGUCGUGGCCAGGGUGCUGGUACGGCGAGUGUGGUGCUUCAGCGGCUGGAUGUGCAAGGCGUGUGCAGCGUGCCUCGUCUGGAGGUGCCUCGGGUGAUGCAGGCCAUGGUGUUUCGUGCAAAGACGCCCGGCGACGUGAUUGAGCGAGACGUACCCAUCCGCAACCGCAGCCUGCUUGGCUGCCAUGUGAACGUGUCUGUGCGGGAGGACGAUGCCGCUUCGUCGUCCGCUCGUGGCGGCGGCUCGUCGCUCGGCCUGCCGCCCUCCAGGGCAUUCUCCGUCUUCCCGCCCCUGCUGUAUAUGCAAGCAGGUGAGCAGUCGCUGGUGCGGGUCAAGUUCUUCCCGAGCGAAGGCGACGUGCACGUUGGUGCGCGCCUGUGCUUGUACAUCCAACCCCGCGGCCCCACGUACCGGCUUGCUCUCAACGGCGUUCUCGAUGGCCCUUCAAAGCCGCCGCGAGCAACAUCCACCGCAGCAGCGGCAGCAGCAGCAGCAACAUCAACAACAUCAACUGCAACCUCACAGCACCGGCAGGAGAGUCACAGAAGGCGUGGUCAGCAGCAACGUGCUGUGGAAGGGAGACGUGCGGAGCAGCAAGCUGCAGCUGCAGACACAUCGGCGUCCCUCGAUGACCGAGGUGGUGAGGCGGCAGCAGCCACGGCGCAACGGCUUGGGGUGUUGCCCAACGUGUCAGGGACAUCGUACGGGUCCAAGCACUACUCAACGACUUCUGUUGAGGACACGAGCGCCGUUGGCGGAGACACGAGUCUGCUGCCACACAUCUAUUCGCCCAAAGGUCGCACUGGGCGCCAAGAACAGCAACAACAACUCCCAGGAGAUGCGGAGAACUAUCAGCGGCAGCAGCAGCAGCAACAACAACAACAACAACAACAACAACAACAACAACAACAACAACAACAAAAACAACAACAACAAAAACAACAACAACAACAACGAAACCAAGAGUGGCAGCAGCAGAGGCAGCCAGGACGCGCACGGGAACAAGAGCAGGAGCAAGCAGGGCGCGGAAAACCGGCAGACAUUCUGCUGCUGUCUGACCAGGCAGCGCUGCACUUUGGCGGCGUUGAAGUUGGACAGAUGACAUGUCGACCGCUCAAGCUGCGCGUUCGCUCGCCUGUGGACGCCCCAAUUGAGGUGGAGUUGAGCGUGGACGGUGCGCACGCAAGCUGCUUCUCCAUCGUGGAGAACGCAACCGUAUCAAUCAAACCCACCAGCACACGCAGCACUGGUCUGCGCUGGGUGACGGUGCUGACCGCUGGCACGGACGCUACAAUCCAGGUGCUGUUCACGCCACAACGCAACCUCCUGUACGACUGCACGCUGCUGAUGCGUACGCGCGUGCAAGGAGCACCAAAAUACACGUGCCGGUUCCGCAUUCCACUGCUUGGGUACGGUGGCAUCUCGCGCCUUGACGUCACAGAGGCUCGCGGUGGGCAGAGCACAGCAACCACUGGUGGUGGUGGUGGUGGUGGAGGCAAGGCUGCCCCGCCAGCACUGCUGUUUGCUGAGCCGCGUGUGCUGAGUCUUCGUCGUGUUGCCCCGGGCCAGGUUGUCACUGUUGAGCUGCAGGUGCGGAAUGUCGGCUCGCGCGCUGCGUAUGUGCUCGGGCGGUGUGCCGACCACUGGGGAAAGCCCAUGCGUGCUGAGCGGGCAAGUGUGUCACCUGCUGGGCUUGUCAUCCCACCAAACCUGAGCAAAACGCUUCGCGUGAGUCUGGCGCCAACCUUCAAGGACAUGGACGAACUGAAGAAGCUGAGCGAGCGCGCGCAACGGGACGGGCAGGCACGGCCGCCGUUUGUCACGCUGUCACUGUUCACGGGCGACGAGGUUCUGCGGCGGCGGCUGCGAAUGCACCAGCGCAAGGAGCGUGACAGCGAUGAGCGGCCUGUGGAGGACGCGCUGAACGAGAGCAACAGCACCGUGCAUGCGACGUGGUUCAUGAAGCACUUUGCCAAUGAGGAGAGGGUGGUUGACAGAGAGCCCGUGGACAUGGUUGACCCAAAGCAUGCUGCGCUUGACGCACGCUGCUUCCUCGACAGCAUGGCGUGUGUUCGCCUCAACAUCACCGCCAGCGCCAUCGCAACACUCCCGUCUGACCGCCGGGUGGACCUGCACAACAUCCACAGCGACAGCGCGCGUCGUCGCUCGAGUGCGCAGCAGCACAGCGCCCGCCGCGGCGAUGCAGCCAGGGGCGAAGACAGCGGUGGCCACCAUGGUGGUGGUGGUGGUGGUGGUGGUAGUGGCCAUGGUGAUGACGACACUGGGGAGAAUGGUGGUGCUGCUGCUGCUGGACAUGGGGAUACAGGCAGUGGCAGGAGGAAGAAGAAGGGUGCUGCCGCUGGUGGCGCGCGAGUAGCCAAGCACGGUGGUGUCGCUGCCGGGAACAACUCGAACGCUGCCGAAGCAGCAAUGGCAAUGUCUCCCGCUGGUACAGAAUCAUCGAGAAGGGACCGGCGGCGCCGAAGCGGUGGUCGUGGCGGUCGGCGUGAUGGCGACAACGGCACAACCUCUCACCAGCACCAACAGCGUGCAGAAAGUCAACCCUCUGCUGCUCCACUUGCACCACCGCCGCGAUCGUCAUCAUCCAAGGCUACGAAAGGACAGCAGCCAUCUGUAUCCGCAUCAUCGCAGCCGCAGGGCCACCCCAAGCGCGUCCGUCGCAAGCGCAGAACAACAGGUUCCACCAGCGCUGGCGGCACUGGGGGCACUGGUGGUGGUGAUGGUGGGGUGCCGUCAUGGAGUGUCGUGCCGGCAAUGGUGCAGGUUGGCCUUGCCGAUUCUGCCACCGUCUUCAUCAACAACCAUCAGAACAAGCGCUUUGAGUUUGAUGUGACGUGGUCCGCGUACGCACUGGAUGUCCGCCCAGCGUCAGGGUACCUUGAACCGAAGGAACGUAUUGCUCUUCGCAUUCGCCCGCGCAAGUCGUGUCCGUUCUUUGCCUCUCGUCGCCACACGCCAGACGUGCACGUGGAGAAAGUGUAUGUGCUGUGUGAUGGGCACCAGCAGUGUAUUGACGUGCAUAUCCACAUGGUGGACUCGCUCGUGUCCCCAACAGCGACCAUGUCCACCAACGUCGGCAACGCCGAGCGCAGUUACAACACGAGCUCCACCGAGCUCAAGCCGCGUGACGAUUUGUCGCUUGCGGACCUAUCUUCCACCCCGGCGCCACCAAACGGCCACAACCCGUCCGACCUCGACUGGACGCCAGCACCUGUGGGCGGGAGCAAUGCGCCACUUGUGAUGCAGCCAAGCCGUGUUGCCUUCGGGCCGACUGAGAAAGGCACACGGGAGGAUCAGUUCUUGUUCAUGCACAACACAACGCAGGAGGUGUUGACGUGGGUUGCAUCAUCCGUUCGCCAAGCUUACGUCAAGGUGGAUGAUGACAACGGCAACUACGUGGCCAACUACCCGGCCUUUGUGUUUGAGCGCCAGAGUGGAUCCAUCCAGAAUGGAUGUAGUUUGCGCCUUCGCAUCAAGUUUGCACCGCGUCACGCCGGCGUCUUCACGCAGCUGUGGAACAUUCAGUACUCCGUGGCAGGAUCGACGGAGCGCAUGAAGGUGCCGCUCCAGCUGCGCGGAACCGCUACGCAGUCGACUCUGCAUCCGUUCGCUCGCGGAUUCACUGCCGCUGCUGCUGCCACCAACGGCGCUCAUGCAGACAUCAGCACCACUGACGCAAACACAUCGGAGCACCACAGCCACGAGACGACACCGAGUCGUGGCGGUGAUUCGCGCACGCGGUACGACGCGACCUCAGACACGCAAUCCACGUCGAGCAAGCGAGUGAAGAAGCAGCGCGGGCUGCGCGUCAUUCCGACGCGCGUCGACUUUGGCGCUACGCGAGUUGGCGAAGAGAUGCGCAUUCGUGUCAAGGUGUGCAAUGAGAGCGCCAAAUCGAGCCUUGUCGGGUUCAUGACAACCGGUGCUGCGUUUAUGCUGCGGCACGUCAGCGUGGAACUCCGGCCCUUCUCCUACGUCGAGCUGCCAAUCACGUUUGUGCCGCGCACAGCGGGUGUGCACGAAGGAAACCUUGUCGUCACACACGAAAGCGGCGCCAAGACCGUUCGUGUCAAACUCAAAGGACAGGCCCUGUAGCUCCUCCUUUGUGUGUGUGUGUGUGUGUGUGUGUGUGUGUGUGUGUGUG